AGGACAAGUGAAAAACUCAACAAGACAAAAUGGUUGUGUGGACAGACUUCGAGCGCACCACGAUCCAGGACAUCUUCUCCAAGAUCAACUAUGCGGUCGUUGGACAAGCAGCUUUUUCCAGGUGUCUGAUUGUGUACCCCUGGACUCAGAGGUAUUUCGGUGGAUUUGGAAACCUCUACAAUGCUGCUGCCAUCACAUCAAACCCAAGGGUUGCGUCUCAUGGAAAAGUUAUCAUGGAAGCUCUGGAAAAAGCUGUGAAGGACAUGGACAACAUCAAGGCCACAUAUGCAGAGCUGAGCGCGCUGCACUCUGAGAAACUGCAGGUGGACCCUGACAAUUUCAUGCUCCUGGGUGACUGCCUGACCAUUGUGGUUGCUUCCCAGUUGGGUAAAGCCUUCACUGCUGAGGUCCACGCGGCUUUUCAGAAGUUCCUGGCAGUGGUGGUGUCCUCCCUCAGAAAGCAGUACUACUAGAGAGCUACAGAGAACCGUCACAUACUCGGUUGUUAAACUGUACCUCAAAAUGAUGUUAAUAAAUAAGAUAUAUGAAGCAUAUACCUCAAGUUGUUUGUUUUAUUUCUUUUUUCAUAAUAGGACCGUCACAUACUCUGUUUUUUUAAUCAUGUCUUAGGAGGCUUAAAUCAAUAAAAUAACGAGC